AUCAAUGCUAGAAGGGAAGGAGAUUUGUGAAGGAGGAAAAGGACUAUGGGAUCCCUGGUGCUUUCUGAGCUCUUCUCAGGCUAAGCCACCCCUGCGCCGACUACAAUGGGGCUCUGCAAAUGUCCCAAGAGGAAGGUCACCAACCUCUUCUGCUUUGAGCACCGGGUGAACGUGUGCGAGAACUGCAUUGUCGCUAACCACGCCAAGUGCAUCGUCCAGUCCUACCUACAGUGGCUGCAAGACAGCGAUUACAAUCCCAACUGCCGGUUGUGCAAUGCGUUACUUUCCAACAAAGAGACGGUUCGGCUUGUAUGUUACGACCUCUUCCAUUGGUCCUGCCUCAAUGAGAUGGCCAACCAGCUGCCGCAGAACACGGCCCCCGCUGGCUACCAGUGUCCCUCGUGCCAGGGCCCCAUCUUCCCUCCCACCAACUUGGUCAGCCCGGUUGCCUCUGCCCUCCGAGAGAAGCUCUCGACCGUCAACUGGGCUCGGGCCGGACUCCGGCUUCCCCUGAUUGACGAAACGGAAGUGAGUCACGAGGUGGAUGCUCACAACGCCUCAGAGGGCAGCGACUGGUCCAGUUUCACAGCCCUAAAUUCAGAAGACGCUGCCCCACAGAGUACGGCCUCGGCCUUCGCCUACAGCGCAGGCUGCAACUUCGAGUCCCCGCCACAGCAGCAGCAAAAUCUGAAGAAUGGCGGCGUGUCCGACCAGCACACCAUUGUCAGCAUGAGUGACGCAGCCUCCUCCUCACGGAAAAUUUACGACACCCGGGAAGCCGGCGUCGGCCAGGACUCAAACACCACCAUCGACUUCGACGAGGACAAAUACCGCCGGAGGCCGACGCUCAGCUGGCUCGCCCAGCUGCUCAAGAAUCGUUUCGGCACCCGGAAGCAGCCGCGGUCGUUGAUGCAGCGGUUCGUCAUCUUCCUUCUAAUCGGCGGGAUCGGCUUCCUGACGCUCGUCAUCGUCAUGAUGAAAGUAGGCCGGGCCUCGGCCGACAACGACCCCAGCCUAGACCCCAAGUUCAACCCUAACAUCCGAGUGGGACAGUAGUUUGAGUAGGGGCCGGCCUCUCCUUCGCCAUGUUGGCCCUGUACCCCACACUCUGGGCUCUUCCUCUUGGCAGCUGGCAGAAUGGCACCCCCAGAGGGAGGGAGGGGAAGAGGGAGGCCUGGGGCUGCAACUACUCGGUGUGCGUGUGUGUCUCCGUCAGCUUCUCAGCCUGGACAAACAAGGUUGUUGGGGACACCUUGGAAGCUUGGAUGAAGGUAUACCAGUUCAAAGAUGGCCCAUCUCUUUUUCUUCCUCCUCCUCCUCCCCACAGUCCGAUGGGAAUUGUAAACAACAAAUGUUGUUGCCCUGAUGGGCAGCUUUAGGCAGAAAGGACUAGUGUGCAGUGCAGGGACAGGAUGGAACUGGCAAUUUUAAAGAGAACAGGGCCUCCCAUUUCUCGUUUCCUUCCCUCGCUCCUACUCAGUAGGUGGAUGGGCAAAAGAAGCCCCCGUUUCUCUCUCUUCUCACAACUCGGCUUCCACUCGAGCCAGGCAGAAGCCCACUUUUCCUUAGGGGUCAAGUUUCCUCAUUGCUUUGUUUUCCUUCUUUGAAGGAAGUUGCUUAAGGCGGGCGUGAUCGACAGAACUGGGGGGGGGGGACUGUCGCCAUGCCCACCCCGUAGCAAUUUUUACAAAAAAGUACGGCCAAGUUCGUGAAGUUCUCCGUCAAGUAACAAGACCUCAUCUCCUAAAUCCACUUUGAUGCUUCUGUGCAAGCUUGUCUUGGUUGCGGGAACGCCAAAGCUCCACCCCCAUACACUCCCCCCCCAAAACAAAAGGGGGCUCUAUCUAAGCUGAAGCAACAUCUGUUUGCACCCCACUUCGGUCCUUUCCGUUAACACAACUAGUUUCCGGACCAAAGGCUCCCUCCACACAGUUUCUCUGCAACACAGAGGUUGAAAAAGGUCCAGGGUUUGAUGGGCAGGUGCUCGAAGUGCUGCGGAGAUGAGAAGGCAACGGCGCCUCGGUGCUUAGGAAUCGCUUCCCUUCAUAAGCCAGGAGUUACACGUCAAAUUAAAAAAGGAGGCCAUUAUUAUCUUAUGCCCCACUUUUGUCCUCUGGCAACAUCUCCACUCUGUUCAGGCGCCAGGUUUUUCCAGAAAGGGUGGCCUCAACCUUGUCUUCUCCAAAACCACUUUUCCCCAUUCUCCAGCAGAUUUGAUGGGCACGAUCGCUUUGCCGAAAGCGACGGUCCCAGUCCAUUUUGGGGGGAAAGCAGGGGGGGGGCACCCGGUGGAGGAAAGUCUCUCUCAUCCCAGAUGUCCGAUCAAGAAGGGUAAGCUGCCAUCCUUUGCAGGGGACCCCCAUUUUGGAAAGGUUUGGGGACCGGUUCGAAGGACAGCUCUGAAAUUUCCCGCAGGGUUUAUUUCUCGCCUCUGGAUUCUUCCGAUGUAGGGCGGUGAGUGUGCAAAUCUCUGGCACAUUGAAGCAAUAGAGACAUUGGUUAAUGUUCUAUUAAACACUCUUGGCUGAUC